CUGCAAGCAUUAACCCCUCCCACAGUGACGUUGUGCUAACUAGAUUUGCUCCAUUGUCAGCCUUGUCAGGUAAGGCUGAAACCUGAUAUGUGUAAACAAAGAGCCGUGACAAACACCUGCAUGCACAGGUGGGCAAGCGGAACUGUGACCUUGGAAGGAUUUAUACGUCACAGGGACAAAACAAAAUGGCGGCUGCAUCGACAAGACUUAGUUUGGGGACACAACUCCGUGAAGAAUUGUCCUGCAGUAUCUGCCUGGAGCUGUUCACCAGGCCCAAGGUGCUGCCCUGUCAGCACACUUUCUGUCUGUCACCAUGUCUGGAGAACCUUGCAGGGAGGGGAGGGGCCUUGAAGUGUGCUAUCUGUCGUCAGCAGGUCAGGCUGCCACCCCAGGGGGUCGCAGGUUUGCCAGACAACCACCUGGUUACAAGUCUGUGUGAGAGGCUGCAAAACCAGGCCACACUGUCAGGGGAAACAAAGGAACAACCCCAGUCUGGAAACAGGUGCAGCUUUCAUCCCUCUGAGGUGCUUGAACUAUACUGUAAACAUUGCCAUAUUGCAAUUUGCAAACAGUGCUUAGAAGACGCUCAUGACGGCCAUCUCACAACAACUGCAAAAAAAGCUGCACAGGAAAGGAGUUUGACAGUCCAGACAUUGAUCAAUGAGGGGAGGAACAUUCAAGAAAGAGGUCAUCACCAUGGUAACCAAAGGCAAGGGAGGCAUCAGCCUAAGAAUUUAGUAAUAACAUUUGGAAAUGGAUCAGGGACUGGACAGUUAGAUUAUCCAUAUGGUGUGACAGUGUCAGAUGAAGGGGAAGUCUUUGUAGCAAGCAGGUGGAACAAUGAAAUCCAAGUCUUCACCCUGCAGGGAACAUUUGUCCGACAGUUCCAAACAGUCACGUCCGGCGGACUGAAGAUGGGCCCAGAGGAUGUGGCCAUGGACGGGGAGGGGAACCUGUGGGUGGUGGGGAUGACAGACUACGGUCAGGUACCCCUGCAGUACAACAAACAGGGCAGCGUGCUGGGGACGUUUGAUCUGAAGUUGUCACGAUGGGUGAGGGGAGUUGCCUUGGACACCAGGAGGAACCACAUCCUCAUCACACAAACCACAGGAGACAAGGAUGACAAACAUGGUGAAGUUUUGGUGUUCAGGCCAGAUGGGACACUUGUGAGAACUGUGGGUCAGCAGCAGGGGAUGAAGCAUCCAUGGUACAUCACUGUUGAUGGAGAAGGGAACAUUCUUGUGUCAGACUAUGAUGGUCAUUGUGUCUAUAUGUACAACGAAGACGGACAGUUUCUGUUCCAGUUUGGAGGUGAGGGAAGUGGUGAAGGUCAGCUGAAGGGUCCCCGUGGCAUCUGUACAGACAGGUCAGGUAACAUCAUCGUGUCAGACACGGGAAACAGGCGUGUGGAGAUGUUUGACAAGACAGGAAAAUUCCUCAAACACAUUAACAUUGCUACAGACGUGAAGGUUCCACAGGCUGUUGCCAUGGCACCACAGGGACAGCUGGUAGUGACUGAUUAUGAGAAACACACAGUCAGCAUAUUCCAGAACUUCUGAAUCUGCAAACUCAGCCUGUUGUAGCUAUAGAGUAUUGGUUUGCAACCUUUUUUUACUGUCCAACACUGUUACGGCAUGGCAUUGUGGAUCAUCAAGCAGAGGAAGAUAUCAAUUUCUGCUAAAAUAUGUUUGCUAAAUAAGUCAGCUUUGAAUAAGAAAAAAAACAACUUGUAACUCCCAGUAUAAAGCGGUCUACAGAAAGUGUGAAAUGGAACGAAAUGUGACAAAAUGGAACAAAAUGGAAUGUACGGAAAGUGCAAAAGAAACGAAAAGGAUCGAAAAAAAAUUGGGUAUAUAAGGAAACAGUGCUGUGAAAGGAAAUAAACUAAAAGGUGGGAAAACUGAAUAUCUAAUGUGUUUUAACUACCAUGAAUGUGGCAAGAUUAAAUUU